CUUUUCUCCGCUGCUCUGCAGAAGGAGAACAAUCAUGUGUGUGGAGGCUCCAUCAUCUCCGAGUACUGGGUCCUCUCUGCUGCUCACUGCUUCCCAAACCCUUUCGACGUGGGCUCCUACAUCAUCUACGCAGGCCGCUACCAGCUGAAUGGCUUUAACCCGCACAUGUCAACACACCACGUUAGCCGGGUGGUGGUACCAUCUGGUUACGUGGAGCCCCACCAGGGUGAGGACCUGGCGCUGGUCAAGCUCACCACCCCGGUUACCUGGUCCGAUUACAUCCGACCCAUCUGUCUGCCGAGCUCUGGCGCCCUGUUCCCAGGCGGCAUGCUGUGCCACGUGACAGGCUGGGGGGACAUCAGAAACAACGUACCUCUGCAUGGAGUUGGUACCCUGCAGGAGGUGGCGGUGCCGAUUAUCUCACAGAGUUCAUGUCAGCAGAUGUACAACCUGCAGCCCAACGACAAAGUGGACAUCCUGUACGAUAUGAUGUGUGCUGGGUACCAGGAGGGCAAAAAAGACUCCUGUCAGGGGGACUCUGGGGGGCCCCUGGUGUGCCAGAUGGUGAAUAAGACCUGGGUGCAGGCAGGUGUAGUGAGCUUCGGUCUGGGCUGUGCUCAGGCUAACCAGCCGGGGGUGUACACCAAAGUGUCGGUCUUCUCCGACUUCAUCCGCCUCACCAUACCUGAGAUCCGGCUAUACGGACGGGCCAGUCACAGCUGGACCGGCAUGACGGUUGUUUUGGUCACUUCCCUGUCCAGUAUGUUGGUGAUACCGUUACUACAGUAAGAGCCAGCUGAUACUGCGAGGGCCGAAACCUGACCCUGCCAAAUGAAGGAGAAUUUCUUUUUACAUUGUAAACUGAACGGCUUAUUUCCAGGUGGUCAUGAAGAACAAAUUAGCAAAUACAUGUUUAGCCAUAUUGCACAUUAAAUUUAAUUUCAUUUUAUGAUUUACUUAAUUUGAUUGUUUUUAAAUGAAGGGUUUUGUAUUGAAAUCAGAUAUUUUAUGUAAAUAACUUUUUCUAUAAUUGAAAUAAAUUGAUUUCUAAAUGAAA